GGAGGACUUGUGAAGAAGAAGGAAAGCAAGGUCGAUGAGACCUUUCUCCUUGCAUGACUGCCGGCGGGAUUCGCCGCAGCACCGGGCAGGGAUGCGCCUUCCAGCCUCGCUCCGAGGGGCUGCCCAGCCACAGGUUUCUGCCGGCGGGGGGAAAGCGUCUCUUUAAUCCCGGAGCUCGGCUCCCGCAGCCGUCACCCAGCUCGGUCUGCGGGCUGAGCGGCGCCGCGGCUGCACGGGACACCCCCGCGGGAAGCGGAAAAACUGAAGGGAAAGAGAAGAGGCCGAGGAGCUCCGCAGGCGCCGGGCAGGGCAGCAGCGCGGCGGGCAGCGCGGGCGCGGCAGGCAGCGCACGGCUCGCUCGGGGAGGGCUCUGCUUCAUCACCCCGUGCAGAGGAGAGGAUGGGACGCCGCUGAACUCCCCUUCCUCCCUCCUCCCUUCCCCCUCCGCCGAGCCAGCCCCCCCCUCCUCCCCCCUCCGCCGCUCUUUCUCUCUCCCCAAGCAGUGAGGCUCGGACAGCGCUCGGCUCCGGCGCUUUAUUUUAAGAUGAUCGGCCAAGGUCUUUGCAGAUAGAUUUUAUCUGAAGUUAAAUAGCGGGCGCUCGCCGCUCCCUCGCCAAUAAGUCAUUUCUAAUAGAGACAAAUCGCCCUGGACGCCCCGGAGCGCCGCUGCCGCCGCUCCUGCCCGCGCCCCCCGCCGAAAGCGAGCGGGCAGUCGGGGCAGAUCCCUCCUCCCGCUGGUGAGAGCUCCGCUUGUUCCGUAAAGUGGAUGUCAGGUGGAUCUAUGUUCUGCGAGGAACAAAGAGGCAGCGAAGGCAGCGCGGGGGAAGUUUGAGCGGCGAGGAUGCAGGCUGUGUACUGGUGCGCGGUCCUCCUGCUGCAGCCCACCCUCUACUUGGUUACCUGUGCAAAUUUAACAAAUGGAGGUAAAUCAGAACUUCUAAAAUCAGGAAGCUCCAAAUCCACACUAAAGCACAUAUGGACAGAAAGUAGCAAAGACUUGUCCAUCAGCCGACUGCUGUCACAGACUUUUCGUGGAAAGGAGAAUGAUACAGAUUUGGACCUGCGAUAUGAUGCCCCAGAAACUUAUACUGAGCAAGAUCUCUGGGACUGGCUGAGGAACUCCACAGACCUUCAAGAACCUCGGCCCAGGGCAAAGAGACGGCCCAUUGUCAAGACUGGGAAAUUUAAGAAAAUGUUUGGCUGGGGCGAUUUUCAUUCCAACAUCAAGACUGUGAAGCUAAAUCUGUUAAUAACAGGGAAAAUUGUUGACCAUGGCAAUGGGACGUUUAGCGUUUACUUCAGGCAUAACUCCACUGGUCAAGGGAAUGUAUCUGUGAGCCUAGUGCCCCCUACAAAAAUAGUGGAAUUUGACUUGGCACAACAGACAGUGAUUGAUGCCAAAGAUUCCAAGUCCUUUAACUGUCGAAUUGAGUAUGAAAAGGUUGACAAGGCUACCAAGAACACACUCUGCAACUAUGACCCUUCAAAAACCUGUUAUCAGGAGCAGACCCAGAGCCACGUGUCAUGGCUCUGCUCCAAGCCCUUUAAAGUAAUCUGUAUUUACAUUUCGUUUUAUAGUACAGAUUAUAAACUAGUACAGAAGGUGUGUCCUGAUUACAACUACCACAGUGACACACCCUACUUCCCCUCAGGGUGAGGAUGAACGUGUCUGAGACUGAAGCCUGGGGAAUAAAAGAAUUCGUAUGACAGGGCUGUAACCUCAAGGAGGAAAGCCACAUCUAUUGCCUGGAAUGUGUCUACCUGCUGCUGCUGAUGUCAUAUGGCUGCAAAUAUGUUAGUGGAAAACAAUCUAAUGUAAUUUUUGCCCAGUCAGCACCAUGUAUCAAUCUAGUUGUAAAUCACUAUGGAUUUGAAAUAAAACCAUACACACUCACAGAGAGACACACACUCUUUUCAGCUCAUAUCUAUUGAGAUUCCUGUUAAGAGAGAUUUUCACUGUCUGAUAACUAAGGUUUUGGGAUAAACUAUCAUCAAGCAAAAUGGAUUAACUAGACAGAGAACAGUUUCUAACACAGACUAUUGUGGAAAUCUCUUUGAAAGUCCUUUGAGUGUAUACCAAUAAUCCCCACUCAUGCGUUCUACUGCUUGGAGUAGCUGUACCGGUAAAUAAUACUGUAGGAGUAAAUACUUGUUAAAAUGGGAAAAAUGUGUGUCUAGAGUUCAGUAUUCCUUGCUAUAUGAACACAGCAAAGCAUAGUGACUUUUUUCCAGCAUACAGUAGGCACAUUCAAGGUGGUGUUAGGUGGCUCUUUUUCCAUGGAGCGAGCCUGUUACCAGUAAAGAUGGGCAAACAUUUGGAAUUUACAUGUGGGCAGACAUUCUGGUUUUAUGUUUCUCUGACUCUUUAAGCUCUGAUUCUUUAAACCUGGUUGAGUUUAGUCAAGCAAAGCUAUUUUAAAACCCUCUAAAUGAUCUUUAGGAAGGAAAAUGCCUCAUGGAGGACAUGUAAGUUAUAAGUGGCUGUCUUAUCUUUAUUACAAAAUAUUGUAACAAAUUCAAUAUCCUAGUCUUGAUUUGUAUGAAUGGUUUGUAUUGUACAUAAUUUAACCAGUGUUAUUUGAGCUGCUUAUUAAUAUUAACUUGUAAUUGUCUCUCUGCUUGUUAUUGGUUAAAAACAAUUGAGGAAAUGAGGAAUCCAUUUUAUCAAUGUAGCUGUAAACUCAUUAAAAGACAGAACUAUGUACAAAGCAUUUAUUCAGCUAAAGUAUUGUUGAAAGCUAAACAUAUACAACAUUACAGUCUGUCUGUACUUAGAUAUUUUAUUUCCAGACAAAAAAAAAAAAAAAAAAAAAAAAAGUGCUGUACAUAAAAAUAAAAGAAAUCUUAAAAUUGAGUUUCAAUAUGUACUGUGUAGAUGGUAGUUUAAAUGGUUUGGAAAAGUGGGUAACGUUCCAAAUCUGACAUGGUUUUCAAUCUUGCCUCUUUGCAUAUGUACAUAUAUAUAGUUAAAAAUUUGCGUGUGGGCAUGUUUGUGUGUGUAUAUAUACAUGUGUGUGCAUAAGAGUAUGUGUAAAUACAUGUAGACAUAUUUGGAGAAUGUAUAAAAAGUUCUCAGGCCCAUCUUAGCAAGAAGAUGUCAUUACUAUGAAAGGUGUUGAUAACGAGUGGAAGACCCCACUCAGAUGAAUUACAAAAGUUAGGAUUUGUUUGAAAUGAUUCAUCAGUGUUUAGAAGUGGGGAAACAUGAUGCCACUCUGUGUUCGCAGGCCUGCCAAUGCCUUAAUUCUAGCCUCCUCUGAGACACUGAUUUCUGAAAAGAUCCCUGUAUAUGGAUUGAGGGAAUUUUCUUCAUAUGAAUGAAAAACUCAUAGCUUUUAUUUAUUUUUGUGUGUAUACUGGCACACUUUCCCCCCUCUACCCAGUUAACAAGUGACUAUAGCAAGGCCAUGCUUAAAAGAAGAUUGCCUAAAGAAGAACUCAGUAUUUCUUUUAUCUUUCAGAAUUAUCCUUAUUAGCAAUGCUUCCUUUCCCCUCCCACUCUUACCCCACGUUCUGUGCUCUUCUGUCAAAGCUGUGAAUACAGAGAUGGGUCAGCUUCCAAAUAUGCACAACAUCAUAAGCGGUUUCUACAAAGUGCCAGUAAACAAUCUAUUAAUGUUUCAAGAAGUGAGAAGUUUGAAACAACAUCCAGUUGUGAACAUCUCUUGCUUAAACAUGCAGAACACAAACGAGAAUGAAAUAAAGUGAAUAAAUAAUAUGUUUGAUAAGUAAACAUUUUCCUUAUAAUGUACAGGUAGGAGAGGAGACUUCCAUAUUAUUAAUGCUUUGGUUUUUUCAAACUGAUAUGCCUGUGGGAAUUACUUCUUCAUUAUAUAUGUGACUUUCCAAAGACAACCUUGUGGUCCUGGACCAUGUGUAGAUUUAGAGAAAGAAAAUGUCCAAGCCAUACAGUCCAGAUUCUGAUUACAUUCAGGAGUAUGUUAGGCUACAGUACAUUUGUUUUUUCUUUGACAGGAACUGUGAUUGUACUAGUAGUGUUUCCUCAUUUGUGCUGUAUGGAAAGUAACUGUUGUGAAUAUAUACCACAAUACCAUGCUAUGACCAGGAGUAAAAUCUUGGCUCCAUUGAAGUCAAUGAGAAUUUUGCUAUCUAGUUUGACAGGGUACUAAUUUAUAUAUAAUAGAAUAUAAAUGUCCAGUUUUAAAUAUCAUUAGCAACCUGUAUUAUGAUUGAACAUUACAUGUGUGGUUUCUCGUUGAUAUUUCUGAAGAGUGAAUGUGAAUGGCUACUACUGGUACAACUUAGUUAUGCUCCUUUUUUUUUAUACUGUUCAUGAAUAUAUGAAAUAUUUACAUUCUAUGAAGUGUAUAAAUUAUAUACAUAUAUAUAUGUACCACAUAAACAUAUAUAUAUAUAUAUAGAUUUCAAGUAACACAAAGACACAAAAGAGUUAUUUUUCAAGCAAUGGAUUUGAUUCUUCUAAUUGUGGUAGUUGGUACUUUAUCUGCCUCUCUCACAGCCAGUCACGAUAUUUUUAGAAUUAAGUCUUAAAAGAACUUGCUACUCCUGAUAAGCUUUCUUGAGGUUGAACUUGGAAGAGCUGUUUUGGUGAUCUGGUUGUGAAACAGUGAUCUAAAAUCAAAGCAUAUAAUGUGUUACUUAUCUGCUAGUAUUACAUUGCAGUUCAUUCAGUCUCUCUGGGAAAUAUUUCAUGUUUUUUAACUUUUAUAAAGAAUGCGUUUGUCUCUGCAAGGUGAAAAAGGAAUUCAGUGAGCAUGAGUAUUUAUAAUUCAGUUAAACAAUGUACGUAUGGAUAUCUGGGUGUUGUACAUGAACAAUGACUUAAAGGAGUGCUAGUCUAGGCAAAUCUUGCCUUACUACAGGUCACUAAUUCUAGACAUCAUAAACGUGAAUAGCUCUAAAGGUAUAUUUUUAGGAUUAAAGAAGGUUGAGUUAUUGAUUUUUAUGAAAUGAGGAUAGUGGCUUUGUUCCUUCUUUUUUCUUUUCUUCUUUUUUUUUUAUAAUAUAAAGUGUUCACAAAUGUGGCUAUUUUAGUGAAACAAAUUAUUGCAAAAAUACAUGGAUCAUACACUUGGGCGAGGAGCAAUAUAUUUAACUUGCCUUGGGUGGAUCAGCAUUAGAGCUUAUUUAUCAUCUGUGUUUUUAAGACAAGAAAUCUAGGAUACCGGAAACAGGAGGUUUUACACUGUAUUUGUACUAAGAUCAAAGUUCUAUACAGUGAUGAAAACUUGAAAGACAUUAACUUGUUAUUUAUAUCAAAAUUAUUCAGCACAGAACAGAAAAUUCACUUUCAUCUUUGCUCAUGAAAUGACUCAUAUUAUCCCUUUCUCCCUUUUUCCACAGGUUUGAAUGGAUAGUAAACAAAAUAGUACAUUCAUAUUUUAAAAAAAUCUUGUCUUUUAAAAUUUCCAUUGUUAAAAUAUAUAAUGCCAGAAAAUGCUGAAGUUCACUGUACCUAUUUCCAAUGAACCAAGAAAUAUUAUAACUCCACCUAUAGGAGAGCAGAAGGGAGGUUUUGUGGUGUUUUUGUGUAUGUUGGCCUAGACAGUACUGCUCUAAGGUGUUUAUUUGGACUACAGUGUUACUGUGAUUAAAUCACUGCAUUCUCAUGCAUUCUCUGACUCUUAUGCUGUAACCUUGGCAUUCUAUAGGAAUAUUACAAACUACUAUGAACACAAUGUGUUAUGAAAAUGUAGAUUAAAACAGGGAUUGCGUCCUCUGCUCCCUUUUCUUCUUUGAAGUUCCUGUUUACCAAUGCAUGCAGCAUGGGGAAUAAACAGGAAGAACUGGGCAUCUAUGUGUGGUCACAGGGCCAUGAUCUCACUCUGGGACAGUUUUUAUACCUGGAAUGCUGUCGUGGUUGGCUACAUAACCUUUGGGAAAGACAGACCAGCAAGGUGAGGUGGAAAUGAUCUUUAUGUGAGAGAACAACUGGAAAGUAUCGAGCUCUGCCUAGGGAUCAAACUAGUGGAGAACUUAUAGAUGCGAAGUAAGACAUAGGCUAAUGUGAGUGACAGAAUUGUGGGUGCUUACUGCAGGCUGCCUUAACAGGAGGAGGAAUCUGUUGAGGCCUUCUACAAACAGCUGAAAUUAGCUUCAUGCUUGCAGUCAUUGGUUCUCAUGGGGGACUUCAACCACUCUGAUAUUUUCUGGAAAAACAUAACUGCCAGGCACACACUGUCCAGGAGGUUUCUUCAGUGCGUGGAAGAUGAUUUUCUGAUGCAGGUGGUGGAGGAGCCAAUAAGGAGAGUCGUGCUGCUGGACCUUGUUGUUACAGUCAACGAAGGACUUGCUGGGAAUGAGAAGGUCAAGAGCAGCCUCAGAUACAGGAACCAUGAGAUAGUGGAGUUCAGGAUUGUACAUGGAAGAAACAAGUCAAUAAGUACAAUUGUAACCCUUGACUUCAGGAAAGCCAACUGACUUAUUCAAGGACUUACUUGAAGGUAUUGCAUGGGAAUAAGGAGGUCCAAAAGAGUUUGUUGACCACUACUUCCAAGCUCAAGAUCAGUACAUCCCUAGGAGUAAGAAAUCAGGCAAAUUAGGAAGGAGACCCACAUGGAUGAGCAAGGAGCUCAUGGAAGAACUCAAAUGGAAGAAGAAAGUCUAAAGAAUGUAGAAAAGAGGUCUGUCCACUUGGGAAGAAUAUAGGGACAUUGUCAGGGCAUGCAGAGAUACAGCAAGGAAGGUUAAGGCCCACUUAGAAUUAAAUCUGGUGAGGGAGGUCAAUAAUAACAAGAUUUCUUUGAGUAUGUCAAUAGCAAAAGGAAGACUAGGGAAAAUAUGGGUCCACUGCUGAAUAAGGUGUGUGCCCUGGUAACAGAGGGCACAGAGAAGGCACUGAAUUACUGAAUGCCUACUGUGCUUCAGCCUUUGCUGUUAAGUCUCCCCCUCAGGAAGAUAGAGAAUGUGGGGAAAGGAAGACUUCCCCUUGUUUGAGGAGGAUCUGGUUAGAGAUCAUCUAGGUAAAUUUGGUGCACAAAUUGCAUCCCCCCAGAGGGAUGCAUCCUCAAGUGCUGAGGAAGCUGGCAGAAGUGAUUGCCAAACUGUUUUCUAUCAUCUUUGAAAGGUAAUGGAAAAUGGGAGGAGUGCGUAAGGAUCAGAGGAAAGGUAAUAUCAAUCCUGGGGUGCAUUAAAAUGAAUGUGGCCAGCAGGUUGAGGGAGGUUGUCCUUUCCAUCUACUCUGCCCUGGUGAGACCAUGUCUGGAGUACGGCAUCCAGUUCUGGGCUCUCCAGUUCAAGAAAGACAGGGCACUUCUGGAGAGAGUCCAAUGUAGGGCAACGAAGAUGAACAGGAGCCUGGGACAUCUCCCUUAUUAGUAAUGGAGAAGGGAGGAGUAGGACUGUUCAGUCUGGCGAAGACUGAGUAGGGUGGUUCUUAACAAUGCUGAAAAAUGUCUAAUGUCCAAGAGUUAAGUAGAUGGGACCAGCCUAUUUUGGUGGUGCCCAGUAACAGAACAAGGGGUAAUGAGCACAAACUGGAACAUAGGAAGUUCCAUACUAACAGGAGGAAAAACUACUUUUAUUUCAGGGUUAGAAAGCACUAGAACAGGCUGUGGAUCUCCUUCUCUGGAGAUAUUCAAAGCCCACCAGAACAUUUUGCUGUACAACCUAUUCUAGGGAACCUGCUUUAGCAGAAUUUUGGACUAGAUGAUCCUCAGAGGUCCGCUCCAAUGCCUAUGAUUCUGUUAUUCUCUGAUUACAAAGUAUUAUCUGCUUUUACUUGAGCAGUAAAACUUACCUUAAAGCCCAGGCAUCCAAUCUAAAAAAUUACUCAUCACCAGCUGAAUUGUAUGCAACUAUGUGUUUAGCAUUAGAAAGAGCUUAAAUGGCUGCAUCAAGGAACUUCAUUAUAAUACAGACAUUUGUAUAUACAAUAUAUACUCAGAUUUGAAGCUAAGAACUUCCAACUUUCAAGAAUGUACUGCAGAGUUCUUGUAAACCAUGUGUUAAUAAAUUUAAGGCAUGUUGUUCAUUAUAUUAGUCUUAAAAAAUUAUGCACGGUUCUCUAAAAAGGUACUGUUUUUCAACAGUUAUAUAUAUGUAUCAAUGAAACAUAAGCAUUCUUUAACAUUUUCAAAACUUCUGAUCUCAGCGUAUGUCUGGAAUUCAUGAGAAAUGGAGUAACUGAUUCAUUUUAUGCAAGUAUUCAAAAGCUGGAAACGUAAUUAUCAUUUAUACUGAAGUUCUUUGGUGACUUUCCCUGCUAAUGCUCUAAUGUAUAAAUACUAUCUCCAGAAACAUUUUGACACUGGAAAAACAGACUACUGCCUAAUAAAACUUUUUUUGUUCUUUUAAUAAAGAAUUGGCAGUGUCUUACUCAGAACAUGCUAAAAUUCGUGUAUGAAAUAUUUUUACGAUAAAUUUGAGGAAGUGUAUGUCUAAGUUUUACGUUUUGCUGACUGUGAAAAAAACACUCAUUAAAAUAUAAGUCACUUUAAAGAGUCCAAGAAAAUGUAAGUCUGUGGGAAUACUGUGUUCACUUGGGUAAUAUACAUCUCACAGUAUAACCUAACAGAUGUAGCAUGAUCUCUCAAAAAGGAUUGCUGGAUCAUAUAGGUGAAAUAUAUAGAAAUAUUUUAAUAUUCCCUCCUAAUUAGCUGAAAUUAUAUCAUUACUAAAAUUAGCAGAUAGAUAAUUCUGCUUUGUGAGAGACUUUAUUUAUUCUAUUCAAAGGGCAUGGAUGCCUACUUCAGCUUGGACUGAUGUCCACUACAUGGCACAUAUUUCAAACCCUUUAUUUCACUUUUCCUUUGGAAUAAAGAAGCAAUACAUUUUUUUAAAUUAUUUUUAUUUUUUGUACUUUAGAUCAGGAGGAAACCAAUGACUUACUUGAACUUUGAUUCUAAUUCUGAGAGCAUCAGUUUUGUUGUCAGGGAUAAGAUUCUAGAAGAUGCAGCAUAAGUGAGGUUUAUUGUUUGUUCAAAAUGUACCUCAGCCCUGUAGCAAGUAGAGGUAUUGCUAUGAGGGAAAGCUUUAGUGAUGUGUGAAAUGAACUUCUCUCUAUUGUUGGUGGAAAAUUAGAGGGAUCAAAAAAAUUUCAUAAACGUGAAACAAACCAGUGAAGAUUUGAAAACUAGACAUUUCAGAAAGAAAACUUUGAACUGUUUUUCUAAGGGAUCAACAGUAUUUUCCGACAGUAAUUCCAUCCAUAUUAUGGGAUGAUACUAUCCACUCUGCAUAUCAGUGUCUUACCUUUUAUUCACUAUUUCUUUAAUCAAAACUAUUACAGUAAAAAGCAUUUUAUUACAUAAUCUCUCCCUUUAAUAAGUAUUAUUUUCUUUUUUUUUUUUUUUGCAUUGCUUUAGAAGCAUCAUGCAAGUCUCGAGAUAUUUCACUACAGACUAUAUAAAUAUUUAAUUUAUGUCCCUGACAGAAGGCUUUUCCUCAGAUUGAGGUAAAAACAUCCAUUUCUUUUGUUUAUGGGAAUUGAGAUUUUUCUCCAGUUAUAUUGCAUAAAUUAAUAAAUACUACCUGUACAGCUGUCAAUUCUGAAAGAACUGUGUUCAUCUUUUUAGAACAACUUCUAUUUCCUCAAUGUCUGCUCCAGUUAAAAUCUAGAGAUUAAUGUAAUAUGUUAAGUGGACUCUGAAAGAUAAAGUGGUUCAUCAUAUACAUGUUUUUUAAUAAAUUCUUCCAUUUUCAUAGUUUCAGUAGUCUCAAACUGUAAAAAAGAAAAAGACUUCUAAUGAGCUUUCCACUAUUAGUUCUAAUAAAAAUGGCAAGCCUUAAUUAUACUACUUUUCAAUGUUCUUUCUAAUUCAUCAGUUGAGUUUUGAACUAUCAGUCUUCAGAUGCUUAUGCUAUUUUCUUCAGCUCUACCUCUUUAUGCCUAUUUUCAAUAUACUUUUAACCUCACAGGUAUAUGAACCACCCAAUGAUCUUCAUUAGACAAUUGCACCUAUUUCUAGAUUGUUGCUAUGUUAGAGGUGAGAAACGGUUUAUGGUUCAUUUCUUACUAAUUUCUGGUGUGUCUAUUAUCCUUAUUACUUGUCUGUGUUUUUUCUUACCUCACUGUUUUAUUCUUGUCCAUUUUGCCAGUUUUAGAUUACACGCAAAUAGUGCUCUGCAUUUCUUUAUUUUAUAAAGUGGAAUGGAUGAGAUACAACUACUUCUUUUACUAAAAUGGAAAUAAUGAGAUGAUUGCAUUAAAUCACUUAGAAAUGCAAAGUAACAAACAGUAAUUGUAAUUAAUUCUUAGGUAAAGACAUCGGUAGGCAUUAAAAAUAAGCAGCAUUUUAUUUGCAGGGCUGGGAAGUACAGAAACUUGUUGCCUCUAAGUGUCUAAAUAUCACUGAAAGGCAGAAUGAUUUUCUUGGAGGUAGAGCAAAUCAAUAAAAUAAUCUCACUUGCUAGUAAAGAUA